GUAGGUCUUAGUUUAGAGGAGCAAGCAGCAACAGGUCCACCUCCUGAAUGGAAGCUUUUGGAGGAUUCUAGCGUAAGACAAAGAACUGAGAUCAAGACAAAGAGACAAUCUGUGUUUCAUGAAAAGAAGCGUUGUUGAAGAAAUUGUGUUGUAUUCACUCUGCAGUCUCAGAGGUGUCCUGGUCAAUCAAGUUCACACUGAUAGGAUAGAGUCAGUAGCCAGAAGCAGCUCUUUGCCAUGGAGGCUAUGCAUGUGCUGGACAACUGGAGAAAGGAUCUUAAUGUGUCGCAGGGAGCUGUGGACAGCUCAGUGGACAUGGACCGCCUGAAUAGGAACAUGCCUGAGUGUGGACGGCAAACCCACCAGGUGUUACAGAGCACUCCUCUGGACCUGAUUGAGAAUGGAAAGGGGCUGAAGUUCCAGGCAGAGCGCCCCCACCUGGUCAGCCUGGGUAGUGGACGACUGAGUACAGCCAUCACCCUGCUGCCUCUGCCUGAGGGCCGGACAACACUAGGUCAUGGUCCCAUGGACAUCAACAUCCAGGGCCCUGGAGUGGCUGCCCAGCACUGCUACAUAGAGAACAGGUCAGGGGUCAUCACGCUGCACCCCUGUGGGAACCUCUGUGCUAUUGACGGGCUCCAGGUCACACAGCCCGUCCGCCUAUCACAAGGCUGUAUGCUGUGUUUUGGCCAGUCAGCCUUCUUCCGCUUCAACCACCCUGAAGAAGCCUACAGGAUGAAGAGCAUGGUGCCCCAGGGAGGAAGUGUCUCCACCAGGGACUACAGACUAUGCCCAGACACGGAGAGCUUCGUCAAUGGGAAUCACCAGGCCAGUCCAGCCCAGUCUCCUCCAGCUCCUGGAGAGAGAGUGCAGUCUGAGCACAGUGCAAUCGUCAGCUCUAUUGAGAAAGACCUGCAGGACAUCAUGGACUCCCUAGUCAUGGAUGACCCCCAGCCUUCUUCCUCGGAGGGCAAAAAGCCUCCCGGAGGCCAACCCAUUCCCCACUCCCCCCUGUCGCCCAUGGUCAAUGGAGGUGGCCGGUAUCUGCUGUCCCCUCCUACCAGCCCAGGGGCCAUGUCCGUGGGGUCCAGCUAUGACAAUACAUCCCCUCCCUUCUCGCCUCUCUCCUCCCCCUCAGCGGCCAGCAGUGGGAGCUUUACAAGCCCGUCUCCUAGUGGAGGACCCCAGGACCAGAGUUCUUCUCUGCCGCCAGUGCCUGUUCGCUCCUCCAGCUACAACUUCACCACCCAGCCUCCGCCUGUACCCCAGCCACGGACCAUACUGCCUAACUUCAGCAGUGGUGGGGUGGGCCACAAGGUUCAGGAAAGCCCCAGGCUGCAGAGGAAGGUUUUAACAGAGGCUCCUCCAAGCCCUAAGCCAAGCCGCAGAGGACUAGGCCAAGAUGGGUCUGAGAGCCCCCGGCAGACUCUUCUGUCCUCUAAUGAAUCUCUCAGCAGUAGAAACAUUGUGCCAAGUAGCCCAAGACUCACUCCCAAAUUCCCUACCUGUCCAUCCCCAUCUCCCUCUAGUCCCAGGACCAAGACAACCACAGUGCUCCAGGAAAGACCUGCCAGCCCUUUCAGGGAGCAGACCAGUCUAGCUGAUAGUGCCCUAACGUCCAGCCCCUCCAGGCAGUUUUCCCAACCCACCAGAGCCUUCCAGCCUCCCUUGGACCCCAUCGUCCACAUCAUCCAAGGAUCGCCGCUUCAGCAGCAUCCACGUUCACUGCAGCCCCCUGAAAGCCCUCGCAUGGUCAGGAGAAACAUGGAGCUGAAUGGCGGCAGUGGAGGGGGCAGCAGUAUGAGAGAGCUGCCACCUCUUAGCCCCUCCAUGGCUCGGAGAGGGGUCCCGGUACUCCCAGGGGCGCUACCAGGGACAAUCCCCACCUUGAGAACUCCAGAAAGCCCCUCAAGUCUGGGCAAGCUUAUCCCAGAGAGUCCCAGGCUCCGACGCAAGACCGGAUCUACAUCCGAGGAGCCGACGUGCAGCAGGGGGAUCCGAGCCCGGAGUCCGUCGCCUACCUCUAUAAUGAUGGAGGGGGGUGGUGGUGGUGCGGGAGUACGGAAGGCGAGCUUUGGGAAUUCCCUGUCACCCGCUUACAGUCUGGGCUCUCUGCCUGGCUCGUCCCCCGUAGCCAGUCCCAGGACCCAAAGGAAGAUGUCCGCAGGGAGACCCCACCCCGGGAUGAGGGAGAGAAAGAACAGCAUCACAGAGAUCAGCGACAACGAGGACGAGCUGCUGGAGUACCACCGACGACAGAGAGAGGAGAGGCUUCGAGAGCAGGAAAUGGAGAGACUGGAGAGACAGCGACUUGAGACCAUCCUAAACCUCUGUGCUGAAUACAACAAAGGAGAGAGCACCGGCCUGGACCCCCUGGGCUCAGGGAGGACAGGUUUCCCCGGGGGACUGGCAGACGGCUCGGGGCGGAGACCGUCCAUGGAGAAUGUCCUAGGAGGGACACCGUCCUCAGCCGCGCUCCGCCUGCUGCAGAGACAGAGAGAGAGCGACGAGGAGAACCUGAAGGAGGAGUGUAGUAGUACAGAGAGCACUCAUCAGGAGGUGAGGACAUCCCCUGCUCUCAGCACAGCAUCAACACUGCACAAUGGAGACAGACAGCACGAGGACUCUUCCAGUUCAGGCAGCGCAGGUCGUCUGGAGCUGGGUUACCUGGAAGACGAGCGGGUUCGCGUUCUCUCUCGAAUCGAUGAGCUGAAAAGCCGGCUGACGGAGCUAGAGCAACAACUCCAGGAGUCCAAGCAAGAGGCGGAGAUGGAGCGUGCCUUGCUGCAGGGCGAGAGGCAGGCGGAGCUCGACCAGAUAGAGGCUGAAACGGACAUCAUCACUCAGCUGCAGCGCAAGCUGGACGAGCUGGAGAGCACCAUCCAGAGGGAGAAAGACAAGGAGAGGGCUAAUGUUGAGGCCGAGCGCCGGGCCCUGCAGAGCCUCCAGGAGGGCUACGCUGAGUUGGAGAACCAGCUUCAUAACUGUCCCGAGUCCCUGCGGGAACAGUUGCAGGAACAGCUCAAAAGGGACGGAGAGGCGCUGGAAACAGGAACCAAAAAGUUUGAGGACUUGGAGUUUCAGCAGCUGGAGAGAGAAAGCAGCCUGGAGGAGGAAAGAGAAACCAUCAGCCAGCAGCUGCUCCAGGAGAGAGCAGAGUACCACAGCAGUGUGGCCAGGAGGAAGGAGAAGGUGUCUUCUCUGGAGAACCAGGCCCACCAGCUUGGACUGCAGGCAUCUCAGGAGUGCGAGCGGCUGGCCAAAGACCGGACCCUCACACUACAAAUGCUCCAAAAGGAGAAGGAGAGGCUGUCGGCCCUGGAGAAGAGAUACCACAGCCUGACGGGUGGAAAGAUCUUCCCCAAGUCCUCUUCUGCAAUGAGAGAAGAAGCGCUCCGUAUCAGCGAGGCUGACCUGUUGUUGGAGGAUGUCCACUCCUCCCAGCAUUCCCUCUGUCGAGCCUCUCCUUCCUACUUACAUCCCUCCCCUCUCUGUCAGUUGUACCCCAGCAGCCCUACGGAGGAGUACAUGAAGCUGUCAGAUGUCUAUAAGAUGUACGGCAGCAGCGGCCUCCAUGAAAACAGCAAGCCCGCUUCUCACAGCCACUCGUUUGCCAUAGAUGCUGCAUUAGCUGGCCCCUGCGAGGAGUAUGUGACAGUGGGCCAGCUAAAUCAGAUGUAUGGGAUGCCAAAGGUGGAGUCGUCCCCUACUUCUCCGCUUCGCCAGCCCCUGCAGUCUGGAGCAGUAGACCCCGCCUUUUCCUGCCUCCCCUAUCCUCACGGCUCCUCCCUCUCUCUUUCUGUGGAGUACCAGUCUGAGGGUAGUAGGCCUCACCUCCCCAAGCUAGAUUUAGAGCAGUGGUACCAGGAGCUGAUGACUGGCUCCAGCCAGCUCUGUCCUUCUCUGCCAGCCAAGUCACUGUCAGGCCGCAGGCCUGUGCUGCAGGUGUUCCGCUCUAAGCUGGACAGUGAUCCAGGCCUCUCUCUUCAUCAACCUAAAUCAUGCUCUGCAUCCCCUCUGCAGCACGGCGCAGCAACACUGGGACGCAACUCAAGCUCAAAGCAGAGCCCCCUGCUGGCGGCCAACAGCACUGGCAGUCUGCCCAGGAACCUUGCUGCAACCCUGCAGGACAUUGAGACCAAGAGACAGCUGGCUCUACAGCAGAAAGGUCAGCAGGUGAUCGAUGAGCAGCGUCGCCGUCUGGCCGAGCUCAAACAGAGAGCAGCGGUGGAGGCUCAGUGUCAGUGGGACGCACUCCACGGCUCUCAGUCCCACCUCAUGACUUCGACCUCCUCAUCGCCCUCCUACUCCCCGAUCAUGGCCUACAGCCCUGCGCUGAGCCACAGCUCUGUAGGCCCCCCCCCUCUGGUUCACCACUCCAUCCUGCACCACCAGCCCCCGUCAGCUGGGGAGCAGCCCUACGACACCCUGAGCCUGGAGAGCUCCGACAGCAUGGACACCAGCGUGUCAACAGGGAACAACUCGGCUUGCUCACCAGAUAACAUGUCCAGUGUUGGAGGAGUGGACUCGCUGAAGAUUGAAGAGAUGGAGAAAAUGCUGAAGGAGGCGCAGCUGGAGAAAGCUAGACUUAUUGAAUCGCGGGAACGAGAGAGCCUGGCUCGGCGUCAGAUGCUGGAGGAGGAAAGGAGGAGGAGGGAGGAUGCGGAGAAACGACUGCAGGAUGAAACUUUCCACCGGCAGCAGCUAGUGGAGAGGGAGGUCAAGAUGAGGUCCAAGAACUUCUCUCAGGCCCGUCCUAUGACUCGCUACCUUCCCAUUCGGAAGGAGGAGUUUGACCUGCGCUGCCAUGUCGAGUCGUCGGGCCACAGCGUGGAGACGUGCUACCACGUCAUCCUCACAGAGAAGAUGUGCAAGGGCUACUUGGUGAAGAUGGGGGGCAAGAUCAAGUCCUGGAAGAAGCGCUGGUUCGUCUUCGACCGCCUGAAAAGGACCUUCUCCUACUAUGUUGACAAACAUGAGACCAAGCUGAAGGGUGUGAUCUACUUCCAGGCAAUAGAAGAGGUCUAUUAUGAUCACCUCCGCAGUGCCACAAAGAAGGGAUUUUUCAACUUGAAUAUGACCAGUAGCCCGAACCCCUCCCUGACCUUCUGCGUUAAGACCCACGACCGGCUCUACUACAUGGUGGCCCCCGCAGCAGAGGCCAUGAGGAUCUGGAUGGACGUGAUCGUCACGGGAGCCGAGGGAUACACGCAGUUUAUGAACUGAGAGAGACAGUGCAGAGAGCGCAGGUGACGAGCAGAUAGUUUCGUCAGGGACUCUCCCAUCACAGACUCUGCAGGUCCUUCCCGUUUCCAGUCCACAGCGGACACAACGCCUUGUUUGUUACUUUUCGUUUUUAAUCUCACACUUUGAUUUUACUAUGUAGAUGUUUUCACCUCCACAUUUUCUACGUGAGUCAGUUUGGAUUGAAAAAGGGAGCCCUUGGAGGACACACAUCUGUACAUAAACCAAAAUGUAUACCUGUCAAAGACUUUUAAAAAGCCUUUCUAUAUUGCCAAAUGGAGAUCUUGUAGUUACUGUUUGUUGAACCUUUUGUAUUAUUUGUUUCCUUUCUUUAUUUUUUUUACUUAUAGAGACAAUUGCCAAAUGACAUAAUGCCAAUGUUUUGUUUGAGUGUUCAUCAUGACUAUGCUCAGUUUAGACAGAAAGAGAAUAAAAUAAUCGUAAUUCAAAGGGUUAAUCAAUUUAGAAAUAUAUUCGAAAGAAUCUUAUUCAAAAUGUAUGAAUGAGAAAAAAAUAGAAAUCAGUCUACAGGGACUGGAGACGAUCUAAGAGUCCAGAGUAACCGUGAAACACAGUAAAACAUUGCACCCAGUCCACAAGUCACUACACCUCAGUGCUGCUCUUAGACUAACUAACUCUAAAUCUACGGCAUAUUAAGGUAUCCUGAGCUACAUACUAGUCAUAUUACUUCACAUAGGCUUACCAAAGUAAUUGGAGGUAUUUUGUUAAGACUUUGACCCACUACAGCUCAGGAGUUCACUCUGCAGUUCGCACUAUGGUUCAACCAAUACAGGGUUUGAAAAGCUGGUACUGAUACUAUUAUUAUGAGCUGCUCAUAAACAUUAUUUUGUGCAGUAGUUAGAAUAUAAAAAAAAUUACGAAAUAAAAACCUCUACUUAACGCAGAAUAAUGAAAUAACUUAAGGAUUAGCACAUUAGUUUGACUUUUUGGGAAAUCCACUUAUUUCCAUCUAGCUGUAUUCUAAACAUGAAGCUAGAGCUAGGAGACGGUUAGCUUAGCAUAAAGACUGGAAGCAGGGGGAAACGGCUAGCCCUGGCUCUAUCCAAAGGUAAAAAUAUCUUCUUACCAGCACUUCUAAAGCUCACUAAUGAAAAUUAUAUAUCUAAUUUGUUUAAUCAGCCAGUGAAUUUUACCAGUGUUUCCAGUCUUUAAAGCUAAGCUAAGCUUACAGGUUCCUGGCUCUAGUUUCAUUCUCUAAGCUCUAGCUGAUUUUUUUUUUGCCAAAGGUUAGAUGAGAAGAUUGAUACCACUCUCAUAUCUGAAUGCUAAAUAUGAAGCUACUGUCAACAGCUGGUUAGUUUAGCUUAGCAUUAAGACUGUGAGACAGCUAGCCUGGGUAUGUUCCAAUACUCACUAAUUCAUAUGUUGUAUCUUGCUUGUGUAAUUGGUAGGUAUCUUUCGACAGAGACAGGCUAGCCUCUUCCCCCUUGCUUCUAGUCUUUAUGCUAGGCUAAGCUAACUGACACCUGACCAUAACUUUAAAUUUAGCAUACAGACAGGAAUAAAGUAAAUAAGCAGGUUUUCCCCAAAUCCCCAUAAUUCUUAAAAAAAAAAAAGUCUUUAUCGGCUUCCAGCCUUUGUGCUAAGCUAGGCUGUACAAGCCAGGCUCAAUAUGCCUUUAAAGAAUUUCCAAAAUUGUAACAAUUUUGUAUGUAAUUAAAAAGUAAGGAGGGAAAUCAGUUGGAGGACACUCACCGGAUGAUAUCCAACACUCAGAAGUUGACUCCCGAAAAGCCCAGUGUAUUGAUCUAACCACAGCUGCCACAUUCUCAGUGUACAUGUAAAUAUGUUGAACAUUAUCUCACUGUCUCUGUACGAUGCCGCCAUGUUGCCAACUCAAGGUGCAAACUGCAUAUCCAUGUGUGCACAGUUACAAAAUAUCAUCUAUUUGCCAAGUAGCCUUUAUGAAUCUUGAUGAUGCGACAACACAGCUGAGAAGCAGCCAUCAUCACUGCCAGCCUAAAGCAGCCACCACUAGAGUGCGCUAUAGAGACCACACAGGAUCAACAAUACGGACUAAUGCAAUUCUCAACUGUGCCUUGACUAUGUGUUGUUGUGGAUCCCGUGUCUGAGUCCAGCAGAGCCUCGCUGGAAGGCUACAAUCGUAUGAACGCAUUUUAAUUAGUUUCUGAGCUGUAAUGCAGUACAGGUUCACAUGAGGGGACGUCUGCCUGUAGCCUCAUUACAGAUACUGAAGGCCCUGAGCACAGUGGGGAUCAGCUAGUUCACUGUCAUUAUUUAAACUCUUAUGUUAUUAAAGGAGCACUCCCCAGUUUUUCAGUUCACUGUUCUCGUAGGCUGAGUAGAGAACAGUUGUAUAACGUCUUCUAAUGUCUUUGUUGAGUGUGUCAUCAUUGAGCUUGGAGACUACAAAUUCAUAACGGAAAGCCUGUGUUAAAAACUGGGGGCAUGGAGGUUGUGUGUUUACCAGUUAGGGAGAGUCUAAUAAAAGACACUGGUUGCAUUAUGGGAAAUUGACUCAUAAGAGUAAAAGUCGAGAUGCCUCAACCACUGCUGCUUCAAUUUGUCUCGGUUCCCCCAAAUUGCGAUACUAAAUAGCUGGAGUGCUCCUUUAAAUUUUAACCAAUCAAAGAUGCAGAAAAAAGCGUGCAUUUAGUGUGUGCAAAAAGAGUGUGAACUCAGACAAAUGUCACCAUUAUUUUUGCACAUUCAGUAGCCGGGUUAACUCAUCACAAGUUCAUCACAACAACUUAGUUUGCCAACAACAAAAAACUGGCUUUAACAUCCAGUUCAGAUUAUACUGUAUGUAAUGCAAGCAUUUUUCACAAUUAUGGGUUCUUAGAUGUAAAAAGAAAUGGCAAUAUGAGACUAUAUACCCUCAGGAAAUUUGGUUAUAAAAUCAAUACUUUCUCCUUUAUUUUUUUACAUUAGUAAUUAUUGAUUGUAGCCGUAUUAUUAAAAAAAUCUGUUUACUCAAUUUUUAAUUUAAUACAACAACUCUGAAUUCCAACAGUGAUAAAAUCUUGACUCCCUGCUUUAAAUCCCCACUGUGAGCAGAGGCUUGCGUGCAUGAGGGUGGAUGAAGAAAUGUACUUCAGCUUUAACAGACUGUAACUGACCAGGCUCGCCUGGUGUCUUUGUCGUCAAGUGUUUAUCAUCACAUUGUGAGUGUAUUGAUUGGCUGUGAACAUGACCAUUUGUAGUUAGCAGAUGCCGGAUGCUGUUGUCAGUUUUGUAGAAGCAGAGUACAAAACUACGCUGUGAUUUUCGGAGCAUGUGGAACUGUUGUUUAGUUUCAUGUGUUGGUACAGUGAUGAUAAUUUAUAGUUGUGGUGCCUGAAAUAGUGACGCGUUUACUUCUUAAAAAAUAAAUUAAAAAAAGACUA